AUUCGAAAAGUUGGAAAUGACUAAAAUUUUAAAAUUGUUUUUUUUUAAAACUUUAAAGUGCUUUUUGAAAAACUUAAAAUUCUGUAAAAUAGUUACUAUUGUCCUGAAAAUAGUAGUAUGAUUUAAGAUAAACAUAAUUUUAAAACAUUUUUGAAAAAUAGAAAGAUUAGUAAUCGUGGACCAACCACAAACAAAGUAACUUUCGGUUAAUCCAAUUUCAAUAUUUUAAUUCCCAAAUAAGGAAAAGAAAAGGAUAGGGAUAUUUCUCUCCUUGGCUCUUCCUCCUCCACUCUCUAUUAACUACCACUCAUCCUCCACCACUUUCCCCUCUUCCAUGAGAAGCUGAAUUCCACUUCAUUUUUCCUUCAAUCCUCCCAUGGCGAAAACCUUAAUUUCAUCGCCGUCAUCAUUCAUCGGAAUUCCUCUCCCUUCCCUCUCUCGUCACAGGCGAAGACUAAUUUCUACUAGAGUGAAAUUUAGCUUCCAUGGGCUUCCUCCGAUUCAGUCACUUCACUCGAAUUUCGAUUUCGAUGCGGUUGUGAGUCGAGCGGAGGGAAUUUUAUACACGUUAGCUGAUGCUGCUGUGACUGCUGAUCCCGGUGUUGCUUCUGAUGCUAGUUCUGCUGCUGCUGGUACUGCUCAGAAAAGUGGUGGUUGGUUCGCGUUCAUUUCUGAUGCCAUGGAAAUUGUUUUGAAGGUAAUGAAGGACGGACUGCAAGCUGUGCAUGUGCCUUAUGCCUAUGGAUUUGCAAUCAUAUUGCUUACUCUCGUGGUUAAAGCUGUAACUUUCCCUUUGACAAAGCAACAGGUUGAAUCAACACUAGCAAUGCAAAGUCUCCAACCAAAGAUCAAAGCUAUUCAGCAAAGAUAUGCUGGAAAUCAGGAGAGAAUCCAACUUGAGACUUCGCGUUUAUAUAAGCAGGCAGGGGUCAAUCCUCUUGCUGGAUGUUUCCCAACAUUGGCUACUAUACCUGUUUGGAUUGGUCUUUAUCAAGCUCUCUCCAAUGUGGCAAAUGAGGGAUUGCUGACUGAAGGUUUCUUUUGGAUUCCUUCUUUGGGAGGCCCAACUACUAUAGCUGCUCGGCAGAGCGGAUCUGGAGUUUCUUGGCUAUUCCCAUUUGUGGACGGGCAUCCGCCUUUGGGUUGGCAUGACACAGCGGCUUACCUCGUUUUGCCUCUCCUGCUAAUUGUUUCACAAUAUGUUUCAAUGGAGAUAAUGAAACCUCCCCAAACAGAUGAUCCAACUCAAAAGAACACGCUUCUGGUUUUCAAGUUCCUUCCGCUCAUGAUUGGUUAUUUCUCCUUGUCUGUUCCAUCAGGGUUAACAAUUUACUGGUUCACAAAUAAUGUGCUGACCACAGCACAACAAGUAUGGCUACGCAAGCUAGGUGGUGCAAAGCCUGCUGUGAGUGGAGAUGCUAGUGGUAUCAUCAGUGCUGGACGGGCAAAGAGAACUACCUCUCAACCUGAUCAAUCUGGAGAGAGAUUCAGGCAGCUAAAAGAAGAGGAAAAGAAGAAAAAGUCAACCAAGGCACUCCCUACCGAUAAGGUUGACCUAUCAGCUUCUAUAUCUGAUUCUGAGGACGAACCAGAUGAUGACACCAAGCCCAAGGAUGAGGAAGUUCUAGAAGAGGCUUAUGCUUCUAGCAGUAGUAAAGAAGUUCCGAAUUACACAGGGCCAAGGAAGAGUAAAAGAUCAAAAAGGAAGCGUUCUGUAUAAAGCGGUAAACCAAUUCUUUAGCAGUCAGUUUAACUUGUAUAUUUGACAAAUCUGUAUUUUAGUUAGUGUAUAGUGGCCAUUUUCAUGUCGGUCAUCUAUUUAAUGGCUAUCUGCCAAAUAACGAGAACAUGCAAAAGUGAAUUCACACGCUUUUGCGUGUAAGCACAAGUUUAGCAAGAAAAAGCUAAAUUUAUCGUA